AUGGAGAACAAACUGAAAUUGGUUGUCGUGGGGGAUACGUUCACUGGUAAAACUAGCCUUCUUGUCGCCUACACGAAGAAACAAUUUCUCGACAACUAUUCGACUACGGUAUUCGACAAUUGGGCGGUUUCGGUGCACAUUGAUCACAAAAGUUAUGCGGUCAGCUUGUUUGAUACUGCUGGUCAGGGAAGUUACGAAAAGAUUCGAUGUCUGAGCUAUCCACACACAAAUAUUUUUCUUGUAUGCUUUUCAAUGACCGAUAAGAAUACAUUGGAGUCAUGCAGAACUAUUUGGAUACCAGAAAUCAGAAAAUAUGCCGGUGAUAAUGUCCCGAUCAUGCUUGUUGGAACGAAAAAUGAUCUUGUGGAGGGUGCACAUUUACAUAGUGUCGUCACAGAAGAUUAUGCUAAAAAGGUGGCACAAGAGAUAGGAUGUCACAAAUUUUUUUCGUGCUCCGCCCUCACCCACAAAGGCUUGAAGCGUGUAUUUGAUGAAAGCUUUCUGGCGGCUGUAGGCGUCAAAUUUGAAGAGGAGAAGCCGAAUCCGUGUUGUAUAAUACUUUAA